GCUAUCAGACUCUCAGCCGGUGGUGUCGAGUUUGAAAAGGUUUCGUGCACUUCAUUUCAUCUUUGAAUUGCACAUGCUUGCUUUCUCAUUUUAAGGCUCUUUUCUGCUUCGGAGGAAACAUGUUCUGACAUGCUGGAGUUUGCUGGUGAGAAACCUCGGGUGAUGGUUAUCAACUAUGGAAAAAAGAGACCUUGGUGGUGAUCCUUAAAGCAGUACCAUGCCGGAGCCCAGCUCUUCUGCCGCCUUCUCCCCUCUUAACCUGCCCGACCCGGUGGGCUUUGGGUGAUCUGCCAGGAGGACCUGCUCCAGCUGAAGCAGGCUGGCUGCAUCCAGCAGAUAACUGAUAUGAGGACUUUGCUGACUGAAGGAAGCUGACUGUAACGCCAGUGUAAAUCUGUGAAAGAAAAUACCGUCCCACCAAGCAAUUCACAUACAGACGUCUUUUGGUAGCAUUAAAUUGCCUGUUGCUCACCUGCAAAGAGACAGCUGUUGGUUCUUUCAACACACAUGGAGGAAGGCAACAAAGUUUGUAACCCUGGCUAACAAGACUGUGGCUUUUUCAUAAGAAGUAGGAGGUAGGCAAGGAUUAUUUUAUACUUAGCCUCCAGGACUUUUUCUCUUGCCUGAACACUGGACAUAAACUGAAGCCAAUUCUAAUGACCUGAGAUUUUGCUACCUGUGCUUUAUUAUUGUUAUCAAUUCUUUAAUACUUUGGUACUUUAUUACUUUAAAUUAGAAAUGGGCUCGUGGACUAGAAUGUGGCCCACAGAUUGGUCUGUUCUCGUGAAAUCAUGGCUUGUCUUUUCCCUGGGGCUGUACAUACAGGUCUCUCAAACUUCGGCCUGUCCAAAAGUGUGCCGCUGUGACCGAAACUUUGUCUACUGUAAUGAGCGAAGCUUGACCUCAGUGCCUCUUGGGAUACCAGAGGGUGUAACCGUCCUCUACCUCCAUAAUAACCAAAUUAAUAAUGCUGGAUUUCCUGCAGAGCUGCACAAUGUCCAGUCAGUGCACACGGUCUACCUAUAUGGCAACCAAUUGGAUGAAUUCCCCAUGAACCUGCCCAAGAAUGUCAGGGUUCUUCACCUGCAGGAAAACAACAUUCAGACCAUUUCUCGGGCUGCCCUAGCUCAGCUCUUGAAGCUGGAAGAGCUGCACCUGGAUGACAACUCCAUCUCUACUGUUGGUGUUGAGGAUGGUGCGUUUCGGGAAGCUAUCAGCCUCAAGCUUCUGUUCCUGUCCAAGAAUCACCUAAGCAGCGUGCCAGUAGGCCUUCCAGUGGACUUACAAGAACUUCGAGUAGAUGAAAACCGAAUUGCUGUCAUUUCAGACCUGGCCUUCCAGAAUCUUACCAGUUUGGAGCGCCUGAUUGUGGAUGGCAAUCUCCUUACUAAUAAAGGCAUAGCUGAAGGCACUUUCAGCCACCUCUCCAAGCUCAAGGAAUUCUCAAUAGUACGGAAUUCCCUAACCUACCCUCCUCCUGAUCUUCCAGGUACACAUCUACUUCGACUCUACUUGCAGGACAACCAGAUAACCCAUAUACCACUUACAGCCUUUUCAAACCUGCACAAGCUGGAGCGCCUUGAUAUUUCCAACAAUCAGCUUCGAAUGUUGGUAAAAGGGGUGUUUGAUAAUCUCUACAACCUGAGGCAACUCACUGUGAGGAAUAAUCCCUGGUUGUGUGACUGCAGCAUUAAAUGGGUCACUGAAUGGCUCAAAUUUAUUCCUGCUUCCAUCAAUGUAAGGGGUUUUAUGUGCCAGGGACCAGAACAGGUCCGAGGUAUGGCAGUCAGGGAGCUCAGUAUGAAUAUGUUGUCAUGCCCCACUACCACCCCUGGUCUGCCACUUGUCAUCACACCAGCCUCAGCUACAACCAUGCCAACUACAUUGCUUCCCACCUCAUCAGUUCCUCCCCCAAGUAGCAAAUAUAAUCCUCUAACUCCCACCAUAGCCACACUCCCCACUGUGCCUGACAGAGAGGACAGAGAAAAGGUGACACCUCCCAUAUCUGAUCGAAUUCAACUCUUCAUCCAUUUUGUGAAUGACACUUGCAUCCAAGUUAACUGGUUGUCUCUCUUUACUGUGAUGGCGUAUAAACUCACGUGGGUAAAAAUGGGCCAUAGUCUGGUAGGAGGAAUUGUUCAGGAACGAAUAGUUAGUGGUGAGAAGCAACACUUAAGCUUGGUAAAUCUGGAGCCCAAAUCCACAUAUCGGAUUUGUUUGGUUCCACUGGAUGCUUAUAACAAUUACCGAACGGGAGAAGACACUGUCUGUUCAGAAGCCACAACCAAGGCUUCCUACUUAAACAAUGGCAGCAACAUCCCCUCCAGCCAUGAGCAGACGACUUCUCAGAACCUGGGCUCCCCAUUUCUGCUGGCAGGGUUGAUUGGGGGUGCAGUGAUAUUUGUCCUCGUGGUCCUGCUCAGCAUUUUUUGCUGGCACAUGCACAAAAAGGGGCGUUACACCUCUCAGAAGUGGAAAUAUAACAGAGGCCGACGGAAAGAUGACUACUGCGAGGCAGGGACCAAGAAGGACAACUCCAUCCUGGAGAUGACGGAAACCAGCUUCCAGAUUGUCUCCUUAAAUAAUGAUCAGCUCCUUAAAGGAGAUUUCAGACUGCAGCCCAUUUAUACCCCAAACGGGGGCAUUAACUACACAGACUGCCACAUUCCCAACAACAUGCGAUACUGCAACAGCAAUGUCUCAGAUCUGGAGCACUGUCAUACGUGAUAGUGAGAUGAGAUGGGGGUACCUAGGACAAAGAG